AUGCUCCAAAACUCUGUGCUCACAAACGUCGUGAAUGCAAAGGGCUGGACUCCCAUGGCCGAUGGAGCGACCCCGAUCUAUACAGAGUACAACAACAGUGGUGCGGGAAGCGAUACGUCGGCUAUGCAAUUUUUGACCGCGUCGUCGGCUGCGAUUAGCACAGAGACUGUGUGGGGCAGCGAUUGGAAAACUUGGAUCGAUACAUCCUACUAG